AUGGGUGACUAUCGAAAAAUUACGAGGUCAUCUCUAUAUGAUUCAGAAUCUGAAUAUGAUUCCAAUAAUGACGAUUCAGGAAACCCAAUAGGCUAUAUGCCAAAUAUAGAAUUUGAAUUUGUUGAAGUCGAGAACUCCAAUGAACCUGAGCCUAGUAAAAUUAACGAAUCUAAGGAUAACAUCGAUGAAACUCAAGAAGAACAAGACGAUGAGUUUGAAUUUCCAUUAUUUGCUGCACCAUAUAGUACUACUUCUAGUCACCAAAACAUAGAAGCCAAAAAGACGGAAGAUGAUGAGGCGUCUAGGGGUAGAACGAAAGAUAAAGUAAUGAAGGUCUCCUUGAGAGAAGCGUCAGUAGAAGUCAUUAAAAAUGAAAGGCCUCUUUCGUAUUAUAUGGCAACAUAUACAGACAAAGACAAAUCUCAAUUCAUAACUGCAGCAGUCACAGCUGACGAUAUUUAUAGUCAGAUAGAAAUUAUCACCCCGGUUAGAGACCCCAAACCUUGGAAGUGUAUUGAUUUAUCUAAAUAUAAUCUCGAAGUUGAAAGGGAGCUACAAAAUACUAAAAUGAAAGGCAAAAGUCGUAAUAGAGCUGGAAAGAAGAAAAGACUGAACAUAAUAGCAUGUCGUGGAAGAAAACUAGAAAGAAAGAAGGUCGAUAAAAAAAUUCAAAAGGAAAUGGACGCUAAAAUUAAGAAAAAGAUGUUCCAUAAAAGAGGUGGUAAAAAACAUAAGAAAAGCGCUGAUCCAGCUCAAAGUAAACCAAAAUACAGAACAGAAUAG